UCAUUUAAGUUUGAUAUUGCUGAUUAUUACUGUAUUUCUCUGAAAGUUCUAUAAUCUAGUCCAGAUGGCCAUUAUUCAAAUCUUCUGCCUGGCUUGGUAGUCUACAGCUCACCCAAACCAUUGCUGUUUCCCUACCUUGUAUUCUUACACAAAUGUUCCUGACUGGACCUUUGUGUUCAAAUUCUUGGAUCUCAUGACAUGUUCACAAUGCUUCCAUUGUUUUGGAAACAGUUCCUGGCUAUCUCCACACACAAGCAACUUCUGAAGCACCUCUUUCAAAUACUUUGCACAGCCCUCCUAGAUAAACCCAUGUGAAAUCUUCAUGAGAGCAGCACUCAGGCCUUGCUCAAGACUGAAGAAAACACAGGUGAGCCAUAUUUGGGACUCCAUCCAGUGUGCACAGAACCAGGGACUCAUUCCUGUGUGACUCACUCAGGUGAGUCAGUAAUUGAAUCAAGACUGUGACCAGAGUGAGACAGUGUGACACCAGGGUCACAAAAAGCAUUUUUCCUACUUGCUACAAACACACAGUACUUGCAGGGUAGGCCAUAAUUAUAAGUGCCUGCAGAACUAUUUCAUCCAUGUGAAUGUAUAUCUGGGGAAUAGCUGGAGUCAAUUAUCCCUCAGUACUGAUUUUUUGCGGGGUCAGUCAGAUAAAUAACCACUUCAGCAGUCAGAUUUUCCUCAGAAAUGCAGCAAGAAAAGACUAAAUUUCCUCUCCAUUCUAGUAUCUGUCAUCCCCACCCUCUCCCCCUCUCCAGGACACACGGUGCAUGCUUUACAUCCAUAUGAAAGUUGGUGGUUAGCCCUUUCCUCAGGAAAGGCACGGCCGCAAAAGUUCACAGGGUGGAUUGACUGACCGGGUAUCUUUGCUGUCCUGAGCUCCUGAAGGGGAAAAGAAAUAUUGGAUGACUAUUUCACCCAUAUUACUAGCAGCUCAAUUAUUCAUCAGCUGGAAUAAUUCUUCGCUCCAUUUUAUCUUUCCGUGCGGGAGAAUCGGCUGAGAGCAGGAUGUCUGAGUAAGCCUGGAUGUCCCGGUGGGGAUCAGCCAUUACUAGCCCUGGCGAAGGUGAGGAUAGGCGGGAGCCGCCCAGAACGGCCGAACAAUGGGGGCGGGCGGCUGUUCUUUCUUACAGGAUGGAGACAGCCUCGGCGUCGUUGGGCCCUCCUGCUUCAGGUGAGCCACGCUGAGACCCUUUAGAACAGAUCGGGAGAGAAGUCAUGCAAUCACCUAUACAUUUUCACCCUUCCCGACGACCCAACGCUGUGGGUAGUGUAUUAUUUCCGAUCAGACUGCAUGGGAUUUCACGCUUCACUCAGUGCUUUUGAACUCACGUACCUAUGACGGAAAUAUUUUACCCUAGCAUUUUACACACUGGCAUUUUUUACAGGCAGAAUUGUAUUUCUAUAUGAUAUGGAGUCUUAGAAAUUGUGACUUCCCCCGUAGUCUGAAGUGGUACGGCCCAGGCCCAGGCGACCCCUUUCCAGACCAAAAGCUCCCAAACAAGCGACGCUCUCACCGAACUUCGCACCUGGAAAAGAAGCCAUCCAAAGACCAUUUUAAAGGAAGCAAAGGUUGAUGGAGCGGAAGAGGGCUAGAAGAAACAGGGCGAGGAGGAGGGAACGGGACUCGAAAAAAGAAGGCCCCCCAAGCUGCAUCGUUGCCCUUUUAAAGCUCCUCCCUUCUCCUUCCCCUGCCCGCUUCGCAGGGCUUUGAUGGAUUGAACUGCAGUUGCUGCGUUGGAAGCUGUUUGGGGGAGGUCCGAUUGGGGCUUCCUCCCAGGCAGAACACAGCGGAAGGGAGCCUCCCUCACCCAGAAGGUGGGCCGAAACCGAGGGCGCCACUUCCCGCCUGAAAAAUGAAUGAGUCUGCAGGGAAGAAGGCAGUUCCCCUCUCGACCAGCUCGUCUGAGCAGCUGAUCCAGGAAAACCCCCGGCUCUUUUUCUAGCCAGGCGAAAAAUAGAAACGAUUUGCAUGGAGAUCCAGCUUUGUUCUGCGGCUCUGUACAACCUGACCACACCUCGAAGUUGCCUUUGCUGCUCGAUCCUGAUUCCAGGCGAUUGCGGGCUGCUUCAGCUGACCUCCGUUUGUUCCCCCCACCCACUCCGCUGUCUCGCUCGCGCUCUCUCGCAAGAUCCGGAUUGCUCCUGUUCUCCGCGGCGUAUCUGGGAUGGCUUCUGCGGGUGAGUGUGCAUUUUAAAUCGCACCCCAGUCGGGAUCUUAUAGCCACUACAAGGAAAGGAGCUUAAACGGAAUCAACGAAGAUUUUUCUGCUGCUGAGUCACCCAUCAACACCAUGGGUAACAUUUCCUCCAAUAUCUCUGCUUUCCAGUCCCUGCACAUUGUCAUGCUGGGUCUGGAUUCUGCAGGCAAAACCACGGUGCUCUAUAGGCUCAAAUUCAACGAGUUUGUCAACACGGUGCCCACCAUUGGCUUCAACACUGAAAAGAUCAAGCUAAGCAAUGGGACUGCUAAAGGCAUCAGCUGCCAUUUUUGGGAUGUUGGUGGGCAAGAGAAACUGAGGCCCCUGUGGAAGUCCUAUAGUCGUUGCACUGAUGGAAUCAUUUAUGUGGUGGACUCUGUUGACGUGGACAGGCUGGAAGAAGCCAAGACAGAACUACACAAAGUCACCAAGUUUGCAGAGAAUCAAGGCACUCCCUUGUUAGUGAUUGCCAACAAGCAAGACCUGCCAAAAUCUUUGCCUGUGGCAGAAAUAGAAAAACAGCUGGCUCUGCAUGAGCUAACUCCAUCCACCACUUACCAUAUCCAACCAGCCUGUGCGAUCAUUGGUGAGGGGCUCACUGAAGGUAUGGACAAACUCUAUGAGAUGAUCCUCAAGCGCAGAAAAUCCUUAAAGCAGAAAAGGAAACGAUAGACAAGAAAGAAUUGUAUCCCAUUAGAUCACAGUUUGACUUGCUGGCUUGAUGUAUCAGUUAAAAAGCAGCAGACAGAUGCCUGCAUUUAUAUUAUUUUCUAUAGUAUCAUAGAGUCCUUCAAUAUGCUUAUCUUUUACAAGACCAGAUGAUAAUAUUGUGCUGGCUAUCACUUGGGAUGCUGGUCAGAUCGGUGCAUGCCAGCAUAUCACUUCCUUCCUGCUCCCAGGCGUCGUGAGCCAGUGUGAAAGAAGGCCUCUUUGUAACAUUCUAGCAGGACUAGAAGGGAGGCAAACAACCUCAUCCUAUCAGCUGCUUCUAUCUGAGUGAACUACUAAUAUACAAGAGGCUCCCCUUGUUCUCUGGACACUUCCUAUUUUAAAAAAAGUCUAUAUAAUGGGAGAAACUACACAGAGAGAAAAAUCAUAAAGCUUGAUAUGACAGGGCAGGUCCCUGUUCCAUUUGGAUUAAGAUUUGUGCUGGCAUCUCAGGAUCUUACUACAUGGUGAUGUGUGCAUGAAGAACUAGACUUAAGAAUUAUUGCUCGAUGGGAAAAAUGCUGUGAUUGAGGGGAAAUGUGCAUUAAAAAAUACAGCUUCGAUACGUAUUGCUUAUGGAUGGCUCUUUGAACCACUUCUGGGAAACUAUUUCUCAGCCUUACAACAAACUUACCAAGGCAUUUAUGGUCUGUUGUGUGUGGUUAUUACCAAGAUCAGCAAAAUAUAUGAAAUCAGUGAACAAAUGAGGCAAGGCUACUUCCUGGAGUAAUUUUUUGUGUUUGGAGGGAAGUAACCUGUGUCCCCUGUCAUUUCAGUUGAGUGUGAGGAUAAACACAAGAGGUGGACUGUUCUUUUUUUCUUUUUUCUGUAUUGUCUUUUGGAUAGGUUUUAAAAAUGGGGUAAAGAGGCCUGAGUGUGUUAUCCAUGUAUUCCUAUAUUUAAAAAAGAGUUCUGUAAGUUGGUGGUGUGCUGAUGCACUUGAAUUAAAAAAUGUGAGCUGCCUGGAUCAUUUGUGACCAGUAGCUACUGCUUGGUGCUGCUUUUUAAGCAUUACAUUAGAAAAUUUUGUUAUCUUUUCAUAAGUCUACACUGUAGCAAUAACCACAAAACAACUUUUUAAAAAUUACUAUAUUCUUGUUGUAACAUUGAACUGUGGCCAUACUGUGUUUCCAACAUUUAAUCUAAUCAAAUUGAAAUAAUCUGACUCAUAAUUCAAUUUAUUACUGUAUAAUUUAUAUGGUUUUGAUGGACCAAAGGAUUGCAGCUGUGAAAAACAGUGAAGGAAGACUCAGAUUUGGCUGAUUUGGUAUAUGAAAUAUAAAGAAGAGUGUAAAACCAAAUGGAUAAUCUGAACUUUCUGCUGGGAAAAAUCCUCAAUCUAAUAAAUUAACCUACCUUCCAUCUUUUUUUUAAUCCAUGGUUCACCAUUGUGAUUGUCAAGAAUAUAGAAUGAGGCAGACAUAUUCACUACAAUAACAAUACUGAUUUGAAAAGGAUAGGUAAAAUUGGUAUUUUUUAUAAAUACUUGCAGUAAUAAUAAUGCAAUCUGUACAUGUCUACCCAGUUGAAUUAUAUAAAGCUGCCUCCUUAUACACAUUUAUUAGAAAUUAACCCUUUAUAUAAUAAAAGCAAACCUCAUUUAACUUAUAGUAUUUAUUUCUGAAUAAGGAUGCAUAGAUCAAGCUCUGAAGCUAAAAUCUUACGCAGGCUUAUUUGGGAUCAAACCCUUUUGAGCAUGGACUUAGCUGUAAUUGAGCCAAUAAUAAUAGAAACCUCCUUGGAAGAAAACCUGAAUCUAAAUCAACACUAUGGGUAUAGACAUGUACAGGGAUGUGAUAUCACAAAAGUAAAAAACAAAAAGAGAGCUUGAUAGCUUUAAUCCUUCAGCUAAUUUUAAAGUCUUUUGUGACAGAAAGAUUCAAUCUCAUAUUUUAGAGUUGUAUCUAUGUCUCAGUUUCUAGGACAUGGAUUAGCAUCAUUUUCUGCUGAAAUGUGAGUUCUAAAAAGAGCAAUAGAAAAAUGUAAGCUUACCAGUACGAUGACAAAUUCCAGACAGUUGAUUUUUUUUUUUUUUACCUUAGCAAGGCUUUCCAUUAGUUCUUUUAGACAACACUUUAAGAAUGCAAGGACCUUUCUCCUCUUCCAGCUCUAUUAUACUAGAUUAUUUUCAGAAACCAGAGCUGCUAUUUUUUCCUUGCAUUUGUAUGUUUAAGAAAGCUUUGAUUACUGAAUAUUUGUCUGUCAUGCAGCUGUUAAAGGUACAGGGGCCCUGCCGUGAUAUUGGCAUCUGCUGCAAUCAAAUUUUCUUUACACGCUUGAGGAAUUUAUUUACAUGAAUGGAGACUUGUUCACUGAUCCACAGAGUGGGCUGGUCCCAUUGUUUAAAGCAUUGGUUUUUAAAUUGUUAUUGUUUUCUUCCACUUACAACUCUCUCAGGCACAUUUGUUACCUCAUACCUGAAAAAGAAAGAGAGAGAAUAUAUUUAUUUUAACUCAAUAUUAAAGCCAAAUGGUGUAAUUUUUACAAUAUGGUUUAGGAAUUAAUACUGUUCAUAAUCAAAUUGUAUUGUACCGUAAAGCAAAUAUGGUUUUGGAUUCUUUUUCAUCCACAAAAUAGAUUUCUUGCAAAUAUUAGAAAAAACUAAAUUUAUUCUGCUGUGGCAGAUCAAGCUGUACGGGUGCUAAAUUACUUGCAGUUAGGCCCUUGCUAGGUACUAGGUAGUAGUACUAGGUAUUAAAUAUGCCAGUCUCUCUAAUGGAUUAAUUUGGUUGGCACAGAAAUAUCGAACAUUUUGAGUUACACACAAUUCUACAUCAGGCAAAAGAAUACAGAUCAGAAUAAACAAAUCCUUCACUUCUGCAGGUAAAAAACCUGAGAAACUCAGCAUUCUUAUUUUCUGGGCUAUGUGUGGCAAAGUAUUUAAGAAUAUUCUUUGCCUAAUGAAAACAUGCAAUUCCUAGGUAUAUUUUGUCUUCAACAGGGGCUAGCAAAUGGGAGGUUGAAUGCCAGAUUAGAAACACUGCCAUGCAUAUUGAUUUUACAGUCAGAUUUUCUUGUAUUGUCUACUGGGUUCAAAAGCAAUCCUGGCUAGUAUCUUUAUGAAUUAUCUGAGCAAAAGAGAAUGCCUGAAGAUAUAAGAUGGCUAAAAAUGUUGCCUUUAAGUGUGUAACCCUCAUCUAAGGCAGGUUCUUCCUAGUUAAGAUAUUUUGUUCUCUUCAAAUAAUAUUUGUGGAGAAUAUUAACAAAUACUACAAGAUACCAGUCUCAUUUUAUGUUUUCUUCCUGAUCCACCAAUUAAAGUAUUCUAGCAAAACACUUUUGACUAGUGUUUUAAUUCUAUAGUAUUUUGUCUGAUCCUAUU